GAGACAUGGCCUCCUCCAGCGACAGCGCGCGGAACUGCACCGUGUAGAGGAACAACACUGUGCUACUGUUUUGAAAUGAAUCACUCCAGCAGUUUAUAGAAGCUUGUCAAUGCGAGAAGGAAAGUGAAAUCUGAAAUUGGUGGAAGGCACUUUUAAAGAUGUUAAUAUUAAGGUUGCUGUCAAUGCUGAUGCUCUUUACAUGCAUACAUUCCACAGAAAAGGAGGAUAUUCGAGCGGGUUGCAGUACAGCUGCGAAUGAUCUUGUGUACAUCAUUGAUGGGUCCUGGAGUGUGGGCUACAAGGACUUUGAUACUGCCAAGCGCUGGCUUGUCAACAUCACCAGUGGCUUUGAUGUAGGCCCCCAUUACUCCCAGGUGGCUGUAGUGCAGUUCAGUGACACUCCUCGGCUAGAGAUUCCGCUUGGCGCUCAUCAAACUGUCCAAGAGCUCAUUGAAGCUAUCCAGGCCAUCCGUUACAUGGGAGGAAACACACAGACAGGGCGUGCCAUCAAGUUUGCAGUUGAUCACGUGUUUGCUUCCUCAAAGCGCAGUGAUACCAGUAGGAAUCGCAUUGCCAUAGUGGUGACUGAUGGGAAAUCUCAGGAUGAUGUGGUGGAUGCUAGUAUAGAGGCUCGAGCACAGGGAAUCACUGUAUUUGCAGUGGGAGUGGGCUCAGAGAUCACCACCUCAGAGCUGAUUGCCAUCGCUAACACACCAUCCAGCUACUACGUGCUGUAUGCACAGGACUACACCACCAUCGAUCGCAUACGAGACUCAAUGGAACAAAAGCUUUGUGAAGAAUCUGUUUGUCCCACACGUAUCCCUGUGGCCUCUCGAGAUGAGAAGGGCUUUGAGCUGAUACUCGGGAUGAAAAUUCAUCAGAAAGCCAAGAAGAUACAGGGCUCUUUGCUGUCAGAAACAGCCUACUUCCUGGAUAAAGGGGUGGACAUUACUGAGGACACAAAGGAGAUCUUUCCAGAGGGUCUUCCACCAUCCUAUGUGUUUGUGGCAACUCUGCAGCUUAAAGGCACUGCAAGCAGGGAAAAGUUUGACCUGUGGAGGGUACUUUCUAAAGAUCAAGAAGUCCAAGUGGCUGUGACACUACAUGGAGAGGAGAAUUCUGUCAUCUUUACCACCACCAACAUGGCAAGUGGGGAACAGGUGGUCACUUUUGAUGCGCAAGGCCUUCAGACACUCUUUGAUCGACGCUGGCACCAGCUGAAGAUUCUAGUCAAGCCAACACGUGUUGUCUGUUUUGUGGAUGACCAGCUAAUACAGGAACUGGAUUUGGAGCCAGUUGUGCCCAUUUUUAUCAAUGGGAAAACUCAGAUAGCCAAACACUACAAUGCCCAUGCUACGAUUCCUUUGGAAAUCCAAAAACUAAGGCUGUAUUGUGAUCCAAUGCAAAGUGAACGAGAAACUGCAUGUGAGAUUUAUUCUGUGGAUGAUGAGAGGUGUCCCACAAACCGAGAAGUGCCUGAAGAAAAGGAGGAGUGUGACUGCAGUCAGGGGAACCCUGGACCACCUGGGUCAAAGGGUGAAAAAGGAGAAAAUGGACUUCCUGGUCAUGAUGGUAAGCCUGGCAUCAAAGGUGAGAGAGGAACACCUGGACAGCCAGGUAAAUCAGGGCAAAAGGGUGAAGCUGGUUUACGUGGAACCAUAGGUGACUCAGGAGUAAAGGGCUCCAAAGGUGAGAGGGGACAGCAAGGGCUGCCUGGAAAUCAAGGACCACCAGGUCCCAAGCAACCUCAGGGUGACAAAGGUGAACAAGGGCCCCCUGGUGAGCCUGGGCCAAAGGGGGAACCGGGCCUCCCUGGCAGUAAAGGACCAGCCGGAACAAUUGGACCUAAGGGUGAUAAGGGAGAUGAUGGACAGCCUGGCACAGAUGGAACACAAGGUGUACCAGGUAUUCGUGGACUACCUGGGGAGGCAGGGCCAAGUGGACCUCAGGGGGCUAGAGGAUCACCUGGACAGAAAGGAUCUUCUGGACCUAAAGGACCUCCAGGUAUCCAGGGGCCACCUGGGUCCUCUGGAGCAGACGGACAAAUUGGCCCUAAGGGAAGUCCAGGACAACAGGGAUCACCUGGUCGUCCGGGUGUGCCAGGCGAAAAGGGCUCACAAGGAGAACCAGGUUUUCUAGGUUUACAAGGUGCUGUUGGUCUUCCUGGCUUUAAAGGACAUAAGGGGGAUAUGGGAGAACCUGGUCCAAUGGGUGCUCAGGGUGAAAGAGGAAGCGAUGGAACACCUGGUGUGCCUGGUCCACCGGGUGAAGCUGGACUCAGGGGAAGCAAAGGAGAGAGAGGUACUCCAGGAGAUCCUGGUUAUAGAGGGCCUGAUGGGAAAAAAGGAGACCUAGGACACAUAGGAGUAGUUGGACCACGUGGUUUUCCAGGACAGGAUGGGUCACCAGGGCAUCCCGGUCUUCCAGGAUAUCCUGGCAAACCUGGGAAAUCUCCUUCUGAUGAACACUUAAAAAAGCUCUGUGGAGAUGCAUUAAGACAGGAGCUCUCCCAGCUGAUACAGACAAUGAUUCCUCGGAGCUGUGAACCCUGUGAGAUGGUGGAAGGGCCGCCGGGUCCACCUGGAGCUCAGGGUCCUAAAGGUUCCACUGGACCACAGGGCUAUCCAGGCAGGCCAGGCUCUCAGGGUUACCCAGGCUCAGCUGGCUUCCAGGGCCCCCCGGGGGUCAAAGGGGACAUGGGACCAAGGGGCUUUAAGGGCAACAAAGGGGAAGGCAGGCUGGGACAACCUGGACCCCCUGGAGAAAGAGGGAUCCAGGGUCUGCAUGGCACUGAUGGAAUUGGAUUACCUGGUCCUCCGGGAACACCGGGCAAAACUGGCUCACCAGGUCUUCCAGGCAAGCGAGGUGCCCCAGGGCCAGCUGGAGUAUGUGACAUGUCCAUCUGCUACGCGGCCUACAACCUCAGGGAAGAGCACUACAGCAAAGGCCCGAACUUCUGACACACAGACAGACUAUAUAUGAGAAGCAUCUCAACGAGCUGCACAUGAUCAGUCCUUUACUCAUUGGCAUUCAGGAGAACAAUUAUAAAGGGUUGAAACCAAUUCUAGAUGAAUGGCCUUAUACAUGCAGUAAUACUGUAAAGACAAUGGCAUGCCGAGAAAUUCAGAGCAGAGCAUAUUCGGUGGCCUUUUUUUUGUAUGGAGUGUGUUAAUUGUAUGUAUCGCAUUUGGAGACACCAUUUUUUGGUCACCCACCUAUCAAGCUUGAAUGCAACAUAAGAUGACUUGAUUGACCCACUUGAAGUGCUUUGAAGACAAGGUAAGAUCAUCACUGUGCUUAAAGGGUACUUAAAUUGUAGGGCAGUUCAAUAAAAUUACUACACUUUGACUUGUUAAAAGACAAAUAUGUUGUAUGACUCUGGUACACACUGCCAAGAAGAAGCUACCUCCAAGUGAACAUGCAUUAUAAAGAGAUAUGCAUUAUACUAAGAGUAUUUAAUCGUUUUAUAAAAUAAUGAUGUGUAUUCAAAUGCAGCUUGUUUAAAUGUCUUCAAAUGUCUUCAUUAUUCAUUUAAGUAGUAUAAAAAUCAUGCCAUAGUCUUAUUCUAAAUGUAAUCCAAUUUUGACAAAUGUAAUUUAUUCUGUAUUUUAUUCUAUUAUAACAAUGAAUGAAGAACAAAUAGACAUUUUUGUUUAACCGAUCAUAAACUCUUAGGAGCCAUUUUUUCCAUCUAGUACCUAAAAGGGUUCUCUAGUUUUUAUUUCUCAGGGGAAACCUUAAAGGUUCUUCACAGGGAGCUUCCUUUUCUGUUCCAAAUGGAAUCUUUUGGUAAGCUUAGAACCCUUAAACUAACUCUAAAGAACCCUUGAAGAACCCUUUUUUUCUAAAGGUAUAAUCAGAUAAAUCUUACAUGCAUUCUUUAGUCAAAUCUGUAUUUAUUUUCUUAUACACCAUGGCAUUUUACUUUGUUAAAGGUUCUUGCAAUAACAGAGUUGAUUAAAAUGUUGUUUUUUUUUGUCCUGUUAAGUUUGUAAGUCAGUUUUGAGGAUUGCUCAAAUAAAUUACUGUGUAUGUGAUGUGCAAUCAGCACCACUACUAAAUUUAGAAGAAAAAUGGUGUUUCUAGUAGUGUUAGUGGAGUAAUUGUGAAAUA